AUGGACCGCCAUCUCGAGCGAAUCAAAGACGCGAUUACUCUCCUGCCAGACCCUGCGGGAGCGCCACCUCAAGCGAGCCCCUGUAUGAAAGAACUCGGUCAGGACUUGCAAGCCGAAGAUAGUGUUUUCAAGAAAUCCGGAAAUGGCGGUAUCAAUGGAGAACUUCUGAAACAGUUAGCCGGACUUGAGAGGCAGCUCGAAGAGCAAACAGAGGCCAGCAAAGCUCUUCAAGCCUAG